AUGACAGCGGCCGUCUAUUCUCCCGCAGUGCACGUAGAGCCCGGCACGUGUGAAGUCAUCGCAGCUCACCGGUGCUGCAAUAAGAACAAGAUCGAGGAGCGCUCCCAGACGGUGAAAUGCUCCUGCUUCCCGGGGCAGGUGGCAGGGACGACGCGGGCGGCCCCCUCCUGCGUGGACGCCUCCAUCGUGCUGCAGAAGUGGUGGUGCCAGAUGGAGCCGUGCCUGGCCGGGGAGGAGUGCCGGGUGCUGCCCGACCUCUCGGGAUGGAGCUGCAGCAGCGGCAACAAAGUGAAGACAACCAAGUUUACAAAUGUAGAUGUGUCUCCCAAGGCAUCUCCCUCACCCCCUGGGAACACAGAAUAA